AUGAUGACAUCUCCAAUGUUUGCGAUCUAUCUCACAUGUUUGAUCUUGUGGAAAACGGCUCAGAUGACUGAACCGAAAUUGGCUUCAUCUAUCCAUAAAGAGAGAAGGUUUUUAUCAGUCAACGUUGGUGACAAGGUAGCUUUGCAGUGUUACUAUGAAGGUCAAGAUUCAGUGCUUUACUGGUACCAACAAAUUCUCGGACAGGAACCGAGGCUCAUCUGUUACUUCUAUAAGCAUCAAGGUAUUGGCAUUUUUCAUGAUGAAUUCAAGGAUAACCCACGCUUCACACUGGAUACCGAAAAUGGUAAAAAUAAUUUGAAGAUCUCAGAUUUACAGUUUUCAGACUCAGCUACUUACUACUGCGCAAGUAGCUCUACAAUAAUCAUAAUAUUUGCAGAGGGCACCACUGUUGAUGUUAAGGGUUCAGACCCAGCUUUGGUCCAUCAGUCAGCAUCUCAGACCAUCCGGCCAGGAGGCUCUGUGACUCUGAACUGUACAGUACACACUGGGAGCUGUGAUGAUGGAGAACACAGUGUUUACUGGUUCAAAAACUCUGAAGAGUCUCAUCCAGGACUCAUUUACAGCCAUGCAGGCAGGAAUGAUCAGUGUGAGAGGAAACCUGACACACAAACACACACCUGUGUCUACAACCUGCCGAUGAAGAGCCUGAAUCUUUCUCAUGCUGGGACCUACUACUGUGCUGUUGCAUCAUGUGGACACAUACUGUUUGGAGACGGGGCCAAGCUGGACUUUGAACAUGAGGUGGACUCUCUGGUCUUGGUAUAUAUCUUGAGUGGAGCUUUGACAUUCGCCACCAUCCUGGUUGUUGUACUUGCUUUCUCACUGUACAAGACGAACAAGAAAAACAACAACCAGUCCACAGAGCCUCAAGCAAGAUAUCCUGAAAAUGAAGAAGGUUACCAAGACACGGACAAUCUCCACUAUGCUGCUUUAAGGGAAAGCACGUCCAACAGAUCAAGAAGACAGGGGAACUACACAGAGAGUGAAUGUGUGUACUCCAGUGUAAAGCCAUAAAACAGGAUGUUGGAUGUUACAUUUGUACUGUGUGAGUAAGAUAAAAAAAAACUGUUGCCUCUCUUUCAAGGUGUAAAGUUAUUGAUUUAGAUAUCAAUUUUUUGUCUGAAAAAAAAAGAUUAAACUUUUGCUAAUGUUUAGCUGUACUGGAUGAAUAUUUAGGAACCUCUGAUGUUAUUUCUGUCUUUGAAGUUUCAUUCAGCUUGUUGAAGUACAAAGCAACCAGUCCUUGAAAACUUGGACCU